AUGUACACGGAUAAUUCGAGCGAAAUCGAUGAGGAAUUCUUCGAUGCAUUAGCGUUGUUGCGUUCGAACGAGGAAGACAGUGCCGAGAAGCUUAGAAAAAUGUUAGAUAAACAGAUCGAAAGAAGAUAUGGUACGAGCAAGACAUUGGCUUUUAGAAUGCCUAAAGAGUUUUUACAAAAGGAAAGGACAAUUUGGAAGACGUAUUCUAGGAAUUCGAUUAAAUUGACAAACGAUAAAAAUCAAGUACAAAAUGAUGAUUCUAAUGAUAAGAAUAACGAUAAAAAUGACAAAUCUGUUGAAAUUGUUGAAGUUAAUUUUAAAAAUACUUAUGAAGAGGAAUAUGAAGAAUUUGAGAAAAUCGACGUACCGAGAAUCUCCAUUCCUGAUGAUAUCUCUAACGAUGGUGCACUUUGCAAGAUAUGCAACGGCACGAAGCUGGGCCCUCUGAUAUUGCUCGAGUGCCAAGAGUGCCAAGAGAUCUAUCAUCCCCUUUGCCAUAAUCCAGCGGUGGUCGAUAUCGACGUCUACGAUCCCAGACUCGUUUGGCGAUGUGGAAAAUGCGCCGAAGUUACGGCCUCCAACUACGGGACUACUUUGGAGGAGGAGGGAAAGGGUGACGUUAAAAAAAUUACAAAUAAUAAAUAUGCGAAAUCGGUUAACGUCGAAAAGAAAAAACGUUGUGUUAAAAUGUACGAACGUGAGAAAGUAUUUAAACGACGUCGUUGAGGGAAACAU